GCGGAAAAUAAGCUUAAUCACCUUAUCUCCACUGCAAUAUUUGUGUUGUGGAGAAAACUACCAGGCAGGAUACGGGAGUACAGUUAGUGUAGUUUAGUAAGAACAUCUCGUGUCCUACAGCCCAAUAGUGCGCAUGCGCACUGUCUAUUAGGUGUCGUAACAUAACACUGCCGUAAUACAUUACUGCUUAGUAACGGCAUAGUAACUAAUAUAGCAGAUAUAGAUCACGAUACUACAUUAGGUAAGGUUGGUUCAGACAGAACACAGAAAAGUAACACUGACAGAGCAAGUGUGCAAAGUGUAUAAACCAUCCAGACAUUUGUGUUGGCCUAAAAAGUAUUUGUGUAUUCAAGAGUAGGCCUUUCCUGCGCUAUAGGUUUUACAUUGUUUUUCAUAGUCUACGCGUCAAAUUCCAGCACGCUAGGUGGCGGUAAUGCUGCCAGCUUCUAUGCCGCACAAAAACUUCCAGUUGGAUGUUAAGAUUACUUUCUGGUUCGUGGCAGCAACACUAACUGGAUCACUGAGGUAUAAUAAGAACUGGGGACUGUGUUCAAGAUUGUUGUUUUCAAGGUCCCCCACUUCCUCUCUCCUCUUUGCGACUCUUGAUUUCUCCCUUGCGGCUGAUGUAUUCAUUUGUAUGGCAUGUGGUGAAUCAACGCAAUGUGAUGCACUAUGGGAAGGUCGAGGAGUUUGUAACUGUGGUGACUGAAGCAGUUCCAAAGUUGCUGAGUUACAAACAGAGGGCUCAACUCAUCCUGGGCCUGAGAGCAAGGAUGAUCUUGGAGAUGUUCCGCAAGGAUUGUGUCCACCUAACCCUCAGGCCAUCCAACGUCUCCUGGGAAAGAUGAACAUCAGUGCAUCCUCAGGGCAGCAUGAUGCAGAAGUGGAGGAGUCGCAGGCUAACUUUGUGACGCUGGUCCAAACCCUGCUGAAAAACCCUUAUGAGAGGAAGCACUUCUUCCAGGAGGAGUUCCAUACACAGUAUGGCUCAAAGUAUGACACAGCACUGCAAGCCCUUGUGGGAGGCUUGGUCUUCAGACUGGAACAACUGCUAUCUGUGCCAGAUCUCUCCCAGAUAGCAUCUAUGAUCAGUGCUGCCCCCUCUGACCUGGAGGAGUGUGGACAGUCUGUGUCUGACCCUGAGCAGCUGAAGAUCCUCCUCCAGCACCAGAAAUUGCUAAAUAAAACCCAGUUCAACAAAAAUGUACCUCUCACUUCUUCUGUGGGUGACUGUGUGCUGUCCUCGCUGUCCUUCCGCCUCGCCUGUGGAAUGCAAUCAAUGGAGACAGAUUUUGACGAGCCAUCAAAAUCAUUAGAUGCCGCUCUAAGCGUCAUGAACCCUGCCUCCUUCAGUGACCUGGAGGAUCUGGGAAUGAUGUCAGAUGACUCGCCCCAUGCUGCAGAAGAUAGUACUGUGGAGAGAGAAGAGGGUGCCAGGGAUAACGGAAGUGGGGAGAAAAAUGCAGUGUGUGACAGUGAAGAAGACAAUGCACUGCCAGAGAGCGAGUCUAGUCCUCAAGGUGUUAGCGGACUAGUGGGAGGGUCACCAUCAAAAGGGGCACCAACAGUAAGGAGUAUGCUGUCAACAGAGAGACACCAACCGCUUGUAUCACUGAUGAGUAGUUCCUUCACCAAAUCCUCUCCUUCACAGAUAGUCAAAUUAGUCAUCCUUGCCACGGUCACCAUUGGGAACCAACUGUGUAACCCACCGGUCAAAGUAGCAAGUUUCCACCAGUGGGUCUCCCACAUUGCAAGUAACACUAUCUCGCUCCCUUCCUUGCCACCCCUUCCACAAAACAAUGAUGUAGACAAGGAGAUCUGGUCAGGUGACACGUCUUGGAAGCAGUGUGGUAAUUGGGGGUCAGGAAACAGAAGCCAAUCUCUUUGA